AUGGAUAGCCUUGACCGAGUCAAAAGUUGCAGCCAUAACACGCGCGACCUUGCUCCCAAUAUCACCUCCUUGCACUGCAUAUCCAUUGCCAAAUCCCAAUUCGAGCAUCAGUGUGUUCAUAAUGCCUGCAAUGUUCUGAAGCUGAAAGUCUCGUCUCACCAGUCCGAAUUCUCCCGUUCUGCUUUAGCCUUGACUAGCCAAUGUAGAUCAGAGGAAAUCGACCUGAACCCAGAAUCAUCGCUCCCAGACAACUUGGCCUUUGAUAUUGAAAAUGAUGAUAUUAGUCAAGCCCACGUUGGUGAUCCGCAGCCCGAUCACUUCGGGGCUUCUGGGGCUGGCCCUGAGGUAUCUCCAGAGUUGCUGUCUUCUGGAUCGGGCAAUGACUUUGGAGCGGGACUUGCCGCCCUUGCCUCGGAGCUUAUGCUGGAGAGUAAGCAGGAGAUGGUCUUUCUUCUUCGGCACUAUACGGACAACCUGGCCCCUUGGAUGGACAUCUUUGGAGACAGUCGCUUCUUUCAGACCCAUAUGCCUCGCCUUGUAGGGUCUCACGCUACGAUAAAGUACACCAUUGCUACGUUGGCUGCAAAGCACCUGAGCAAUGUCGGUGGCUUUCGUCCCACCCAUAGCUGCGUGAGGAGCAACUUGACCUUGACGGAGCUAUAUCCCAGUGCGGUCCAUGCCGACUGGGCGUUCAAGGCUGCUAAUUACUAUCACCAAGCGGCUACCAAUCUGCCUCUUCACAACGCCAGUGAAUCCGCUCUACGCGAGGCGGGCUCCCCUAUGUUGGCGGAGGUUGUAAUGGCAAGUAAUGCCAUAUUGACCACGCAUGAAAUGCUCGACUCCGAUUAUGAUGAGCUACAUACGCAAGUGCCUUCUUCCUAUUGGCAUGUCAAAUUUGUGUCCCAUAUCUGCCGAGGCAGUUCUUCUGGCACUGUAUGCCCCGAGCCUCCUUACCUGUAUGACCAAAAACAGAAACCAUCUCUAGAACUUGAAACCCUGCAUAGCAGCAGUCCGGUUGUAUCUAGCAGAGGAUCCAAUGAUCGUAGCGAAUCCGCAACCAUGACCAGAACACCCUGGGCACAGCUCUUCCCCCUGAUAUCCGAGGUCAUCAACAACUGUACCGCUACUCCUAAAAGUAUUGAUGGUGGCACAAAAAGUGUAAAGCGUAGUAGUUGGCACGACCUCUGGGAUGCUCUUGAUCAUUGGCACAGCCAACUGGAUCUACAUUUCCAGCCGUAUACUCACUACAUGCUCUCCAGCCAUUUGACUCUCUCACAAAGCCUGAUGGAGCCAGUCUUUGACGAGAUCCUCUUUCCAACUGCUGUAUCUGCGGCUACUCUAUCGUACUAUUACUUCGCCCGCGUGCUUCUGCUGCUCGCAAAACCGAUCGAUCACUUGAACCCCCUGGCUCAGCUGAAAGAUUACAGAGAAAGGUUGCUGGGUAUAAAGACCACUGUGUCAAGAUAUGUGGGAUAG